AUGAUCGAUAUAGACGAGGGCUUUUUCAAAGCACCAUCGCUCUCAACGGCUGGUGCCAUCAGUGUACGAAAUGCGAAAGGACAAUUGGUCACACAAAAAGUCAAAGUUCAUCGAUAUGUUGCUGGAAAACGACCAGAUUAUGCUGAGGGUGUACAUGUCAGUGAUGACGAAGAAGACGAUAGAAAAGAACACAAAUUGAAACAUGACCAUGUGAAAUCAUCUGCACUUAAUCGUAUCGAACAAGAAGAUCGUCGUAUUCGCCGUUUGCAAGGACGAGAAGAAAUUCAUGAUGAUGAUCGACUCAGUCGACAUCGACGUAUCAUCGAGCCUGAAGUUUUAGAACAGAGUUCCGACGAAGAGAUCGAACAGCAAGAGGACGAAGACGACGACGACGAAGGUGAACGAAUGGAUGAGGAUGAUAAUGUUACGUCUACUCGAGUUAAAAUGGAAAUUGAAUCAUCUGAUGAUGACGAAGAACUCGAUGAAGAACAAAUCGAACGACGUCGACAAAGAUUACGCUUGAAAGCAAAAGUGAAAGAAGAAGAAUUACUGCAAGUUGAAGAUGAAAAAGAACCGGAACAAGACGAACUUGAAGCAUCGGAAGAAUCCGAAAGUGAAGAAGACGAUGAAGAGGAAGAAGAUGAUGAUGAUGGUGUACCAAGAUUGAAGCCUGUUUUCGUUCGAAAAACUGAUCGUCGUACAGUUGCUGAACGUGAAGCUGAAGAAAAACACCAAUUACAAUUAGAAAUAGAAAAGAAACGUCUUGCUGAUCAAAGAAAAAUGCAGACACAAAAGAUCGUUGAAGAAGCCAUUCGACAAGAGCGAUUGAAAGAAAAAGAGACUGACGAUGGCAUUGAAUGUGAUUUCAAUACAGAUGAUGAAGAUGGUGAAACUGCUUAUGAUGCAUGGAAGUUACGUGAACUUAAACGAUUGAAACGUGAUCGUGAAGAACGUGAUCAACGUGAACGCGAAAAACAAGAACUUGAACGCUGGCAUAACAUGACAGAAGAAGAACGUGAAGCCGAAUUAAAAAAGAAUCCGAAAAUUAUCGACAACAAAGUGCCGAAAGCGAAAUACAAAUUUUUACAAAAAUACUAUCAUCGUGGUGCAUUCUUUAUGGAUAAAGAUGAAGAUAUACUCAAACGCGAUUACAGUUCACCGACACUUGAAGAUCAUUUCGAUAAAACCGUUCUACCGAAAGUUAUGCAAGUGAAAAAUUUUGGUAUGGCUGGACGUACCAAAUAUACGCAUUUGGUCGAUCAAGAUACCACAAUAUUCGAAUCACCGUGGGCAUCGGAUAAACAAUCAACUAAAAAGUUUUUUCAAGAACAUGGCGGCGGCCUGAAACAAGUUUUUGAACGACCUAAACUUAAAAAUACUUCGAAAAAAAAUCAUUAA